AUGUAUAAAUGCAUGGAUGUUAAUCGUUUUCAUUUCAUUGAAGGCGAUACUGAUUCAUCUUAUUGGGCAAUCGCUGGCGACCCAAAUCUUCCUAACACUCAAGCAUUUCAAGCAAUUGUUACCGAUAAACAAUUUUAUGAUAAAAACAUUUUCAAAUUCGCACCAUUUGAUUUCUUCUGUUUUGAUGAGAAAUUUAAACCUAAAUUAAAGAAUAAAGCUGAAGAAAAAGCACAUGAGAAGAAGUUAUUGGGUUUAGCAAUUGAGAAACAAGGCGAUAACAUGGUUGCUUUAUGCCCUAAGUGUUAUACAUCAUUCAACGGUUCAAUUGAUGGAAGUGAUUUUAAAAAGAUUGCACAAAAAAUGAAAGGUGUUAGUUUACGACAAAAUAAACAAUUAACACCUAAAAAUUAUUUGGAUAUAA